CGCUUAUUUCGCGGCUGCUCGGAGGAGGUGGCUGCCCUUCUCGCAUUGGCUGAAAGGAGAACUCUGGUGGGUUUUUUUAGCUUAUAUUUUUAGCGUCGGUAGGGCUCCUAUUCCGGCGCGUGAGCGGUGGGUAGUGCAUAUGUAGAGCCGCUGACUGAGACUCGAGCUGCAUUGUAUUACCGUGUAAAAAUUAGGUGACACGGGAGAACUAAGCACGUCGUCAUUUGCUGUCCCGUGCUGGAGAGAACAAUCAGCAUCCUGCAGCGCAUCGCACGAAGUUUGGUAAACAUACGCACAUACGGUCUAUGCAACCGUGAGACGCGGACAACUCAGGACAUUUUUGGGAUAUUUUGGGAUACACACACCCUAUCCAAAGCUAUCCGCUACCUUUCACCGUUGAUACGUUCCUGGAAAUGGCCAGUCCUGGCAAAGAUACGGGUCCAAAUACCCACUCUGAUCACCAAGAACCUACUGAAUUAACUCCAGAACCAGCCUUUCAAGAAGCCCAGAAAUGGAUAGAGGCAGUAACAGGAAGAAGCUUUGGCGACAAGGACUUCAGGAACGGGCUGGAGAAUGGCAUUCUGCUGUGCGAGUUGCUGAGUUCCAUCAAACCAGGACUUGUGAAAAAAAUUAACAGACUUCCAACUCCCAUUGCAGGACUAGAUAAUCUCACUAUGUUCCUGAGAGGAUGUGAGGAGCUGGGUCUCAAAGGAUCCCAGCUGUUUGGCCCAGGAGACCUGCAGGACACGUCCGUACGAGCCAACCUAACGGGUUCAGACUGUAGUCGGAAACUGAAAAAUGUGCUGAUCACUAUUUACUGGCUGGGCAAAACUGCUAAUAGCUGUGCAUCUUAUAAUGGGCCAACGCUUGACCUGAAAGAAUUUGAAGGCCUGCUGUCCAUGAUGAGGAAGAAGGAAUGUGUCAGUGAGGAGUCAGACUCUCCUAAGCGCAGUGUACGGGACAGUGGUUACAUAGACAACUGGGAAUCAGAGCGUUCUGAAUCGCUCUCACCCCCGGGGCAUGGACGAGAGGAUUCUUUCGACAGCCUGGACUCUUUCGGCUCACGAUCACAGCAGACGCCAUCCCCCGACACUGUCCUUCGUGGCAACAGUGAUGACUCAGAAGGCGAUAGUGGCCCCCGCAGAUUACCUGAUGUUCGCAAGGAUGACAUGUCCGCCCGCCGCGUCUCCUACAAAGAGCCCCGUGCUGCCCGCCCUUUCAAUCAGUACCUCCCUAACAAGAGCAACCAAACCAACUAUAUCCCUGCCCCACUGAGGAAGAGGAGGAGUGACCAGGAGGAAGAACGCUGGAGCACCAGCAACGCCACCUCCCCUGUUGGUGGGGAGCACCCACUCAGAGAGGAGUGUGUUGGUGUGUCAAGAGAGGGGGCUGUUAGCCCCAGAUCCCAGAAAGCACAUGUCUGGGCUGCUACCCAAGUGGCAGAGUCUGAGAUUAAUGAGGAGGAGCUUAAGAAGAUGAGAAAACUAGAGAAGGCGGGGAUCAAAGUGUUGCCCGCGUCUGUGCGGUAUAAAAGUCCUAAACUGAUUGGUGGGCAUCCCGAAGAGGCCAAGCCUCCGUCUCCUGACAUAAUUCUUCGUCAGGACAAUGCCUUCCUGCGGACAGAGCAGCUGCAACAGCAGGAUGACGAGGACAAACAUGAUGACAGGAAAGUCCCAGACAUCCGGAAGGAUGACCUUGCAUCCCGAAGGGUGCGCACGAACCAAUCAAGGCCCACUGUUGCACAUCAUUUCCUGUCAGGAGUAUGCAGCAGGAAGGACCAUGAACGGUGGGAGGGGAUCCGCCUAGCCUCCCAGCAUGCAGUGCUGGAACAGAUGGAGAAAAUGCACCAGGACAAGAGGAGGUGUGUGGAGACUCAGAGAGAGGCAGGUGAGGCUGACUCCACCACUACAGAAGUAUCAAUCAUAACUCGUAAGGACAACCCCUUCCUGACUCCUCGCAGGAAAAAGAGGGGUGAGGAAGAAGAGAGUGAGGAGGAGGGAGGUGGGCAGGUAUUGGUGCCAAAUCCACAAAAGGAUGACCUCGCCAGGAGGCGGACUCAGAGUGGGACCCUCCCACAAAGGGAUCCUCGUCAGUCAUUGGCCCAGACAUCCAUCACUCAGUCAGAUCUUGAGAAGUGGCAAAGGCUUUCAAUGAACACAGAGGACAGUGACUCACCCCCGGUGCCUCUGUGUCAGGCCUGCCUCGAGAAAGGCUCCUUCCUCGCUGCCUCCUUGGCAAAAGUUGCCAGGGGCAUUGUGACCGAUCGCCGGGGGCCUUCCUACAGUGAGCGGCGACGUUUUGUGACAUUCGGGGGGGUGACCGAGAUGGAGAGCACUUCCUGGAGGGAGGAGAAGGAGGCAGAGGAGGAGAAAGGCUGGGGGGCGGGAGAGAGGGAUGAGUCAGAGGUACUCCAGUGCCUCCUCUCCACGGCGACUGUUGCCAUGCCCACCGUUGGGAUGAACUCAGGACAGGCAGAGAAAGCAGUGGGCAGUGGAGGCACAGACUACGCCCCCACUCCAGCUUUGCCCAGCGACUCCCUUCAGCCUUUGACCCCCAACCCCAAAGGUCCCCUUACACAGAUGGAGCGCAAAGCUCUUGAGGACAGGCUGGCUGAGAAAGCAAAGGAUGAGAGGAAGCGUGAGGAAGAAGAGGAGGAGGAAGAGCAAGAGAGGCAGCCAGACUUGGAGAAAGAUGACAUGAUGGCCCGGCGCACAGGUGCGUUUCAGAGGGCGUCAGGCGGAAAGGUUCACAACUGGUUCCUCCCAGUGCCAGGUGGAAAGAGAGACCCAGACCCACUGGCUGGCCCAGCAGCACUAGAGAGCUCUCAACCUGGCAGUGGUGUAGCCACAGAUCCGCUGAUGCUGGAGAAAAGGAUAAAGACAAAGAGGUUCAAGGUUGGACAGAGAGCUGAACCCAUGCAUGUGCAACCGAAGGUACUGGCUGUCCCAUUGGUUGCCCCAAAAGAACCAGGUGAUCCCGAUUUAACCUCGACCCCUGACAAUGUUCAUGUUGACCUGUAUGAUUAUAUUGAUGGUGAUGAGUAUGAUGAAGGUCUCCUGCCUGACCUCAAGAAGGAUGACAUGCUCAUAAGGAGAAUUGGAGUGUACCAUACGCCGAGUGGGAGUCACACACAUUCGGUUAAUGUGUUCCUGCCUAAGCCAAGAGCUGUCGAAUGCAAAACAGGCCAUGCCAGUGGACAGCACAAAUCACACAUCAGAUCCACCAAGCAAGAGCAAAAACACACUCAGGACAGCUUCACCCCUAGCCCUGUGACCGCACCGUCAGCAGAUGUUGAGAACAUGACCAGGAAGUGUGCUCAGAUGAUGGAAAGCCAGGAAGCAGGCACCAUGGGUGUGAAGGGUGGGGAAAAUGAAAUUGUAGGAGGGGCCCAAGCCUAUAGCCCUCCCCUUAUACGUGCCCCCAACCCACAGUGCACGUUUUUCCUGGCAGAUGAUGAUCUCCCUCAAAUAUUCAGUCACAAGGCUGCUAGUGUUUCUGAUGAAACAGAGAGCAUCAGUUUGAUUGACAUGCGGGACGAGGAGGAGGCAGACCCCCUAUCUUCACACAGCCAAUCACGACAUGAGAGUAUGCACAACCAAUACAACAAACUUCGGGAGGAGGAGGAACACUGGCAGGAUGACCUAGCUCGUUGGAAGAAUCGGAGGCGGUGUGCCUCUCAGGAUCUGAUCAGAAAGGAGGAAGAGAGGAAGAUGAUGGAGAAACUGAUGUAUUCAGAGGGAGGUGCCCAUCGCAGGAAGAGCAUCAAAACUUACAAAGAGAUUGUUGAGGAGAAGGAGCGUCGAGAGCAGGAGCUGCACGAAUUGUACUGUAAAGCGUCGACUCCGGAGGAGAAGGCAACUGUGUUGCAACGCUACGCCCUCCGCUUCACCAUCAGCGAUGCCAUACUGGAGAAACUACAACUCCCAAAACUCCCUUCUGUUGCUACAGCGGGGCCUGCCCUGCCUCAGGACACAUACACGUUGAGUGAAAAAGUGGAAGUUCUGGGCCCUCCAGUGUCAACUCAAUCACAAAAGCAGCUCUUUGCCCAGCCCCACAUGCCAAUGACCCAAAGUUCUACACAUAGCCGGCCCAAAACCCCAGAGCUGUCACCAUCCCGUCGACACAACGCCCCAGAAGUCCCAGUCUCGCUCACCUGGCUGCCUCCUCCACCCUCCAAGCCUGUGCCACUGCUGACCCCAAAGCCCUACUGCCAGCCCAAAUUCAAUCAGGUUUCUUACAAGCAAGUUAAAACUGAUGGACUGGUGCGUAUGAAUGGCGAAUGCAAUGUAGAGGUCACCAGAGAGAGUUCACUAGGGGCAACACCAUCUCCCAUAGAAGCAUUGUCCCACAGUCCUCAUUCAAGACAAGAAAUCUCACCAGCUAGUGAGGACAUGGCACAGAAGCUCACCAAGACCUUACCUACCCAGCAAUUACCUGUGGCCACCAGCCAAGAGACAGAGCUGGCUAAGGAAGAGAGGGAGGGUAGCGCCAGUCCUCAAGAAAGGGUUGAUGAGGAGGAGACACCAACAGCUCAUGCAGAUUCACAGCUGGCAGCAGGAAAACAGGUGGUCCCCAGUUCAAUGAAGUGCAGUAGUGUUAUCAAGACAACCAUUGUGACAGAGCUUACGCAGACGCAUCCGCUACCCACAACAGACAUGCCCAGUAUUGACAAGGACCAGAAGUCUCAUGAUGAGCUCUCAUCUAGUGACUCUGGAAAAGCUGAUGUUAACUCCUGUUCGCUCUCCCUGACAGAAUCGUCACACACCUCCAGUAGCUCUAGAUUACGCUGGGAGUUCUUCGCUCCGACAGAGGGCCUUGACUUCACCAGUGAAUGUAUUGAAACCCCGAUCUUGAACCUCGCAAAGAGGCUCGAUCACUGGACAUGGGACCCUAACGAGGAACGUAAGCGUCAGGAGAGGUGGCAGCAGGAACAGGAGCGCCUACUACAGGAGAAGUACCAGCAGGAGCAGGAGCGGCUAAAGCAGGAAUGGGAGAAGGCUCAAAAGGAGGUGGAGGAAGAGGGAAGGAGACACUAUGAGGAGGAGCAACGGAUCCUGGAGGAGACCACGUCUCCGCUGACCCCGCGCUCUUCAGCUCUGUCUUUACCCAGUGUGACAGAAGCUCUGCCCCUUUCCGUGACCCUCCAUGACAUUGCUGCACCCUCACCGGCUGAUCAGGACAGAAAACCAGAGCUACUUAACAAACAGACAGUGAUGGGCGAGAAGAAUGGGUUACAACACAGCUCUGAUCAGACAGAAGCAAUCGUACCUGUACAGCAUAACGGCCAGGGAGCAGAUCAUCAGGAGAGUCAAUCUGCUACACCACAGCUGCAAUUCAUACAGGAUGAGUCUUGGAGCUGUAAGUCGGAGUGCAGGCCAGAGUGGAAAAAAACAGCUUCCCUGGACCGGAAUAUGAGCCCUUCACAGACACAGCCUCCCAGGAUGAGAAGGAUUGGUUCAUAUGAAAACAUUUUAGGGAUGCACCCAUCUAAAUCACUUCAAUCACCACAAGACACACCGCCCACAUCAACAAGCAGGUCAGUCAGCGGCAAGAAGCUUUGCUCAAGUUGUGCGCAGCCGCUGGGUAAAGGAGCAGCUAUGAUUAUUGAGACCUUGGGCCUUUAUUUCCAUACCCAGUGUUUUAAGUGUGGUGUGUGUAAAGGGCUACUUGGCGAAACAAGCGCAGGAACUGAUGUUCGGAUCCGAAACGGAGUGCUCAGUUGUCAGGACUGCUACAUCAAAUCACGUGCUGCUGGCCAACCCACCACAUUAUAACGCUCCUGCUGACACGAACCGAAGAGAAAGCGGAACCUUUGCCCACACCACGGAAGCCCGUCCCCGUGAAGAAUUCUUUGGUUAAGACUUCAUUUCGGGAGCGGAUUCCAUAAAGCACAAUGACAUACCACCCUUGACCCAAAUGGAUAAAGAUGGAAGGCUAUUUUGGUCAUACUUCUGGACUUUUAAUCCGUGAAAAUCCUAGUUAUUUUUUACUGGCAAAUAUGUAUUUCUAAUUAAUACACACAUGAGCGCGCAUUGUGCUAACCAAUGUUAAACACCACAUUAUCUUACUGUAUGCUACUAAGUGGAAUUCACUGCGUAGAUAAAUAAGUAAUAAAAAAAAUCCGACCCGCGUUUUCAACGAGAAAGGAUCCGUUAAAAUAAAAUUAACAUCAUCACUUGGCGGUUGCCCAGGAGAAUGAGGUAUUUUAAGUGGUUUUGCAUUUUAGAUCCCUUACCAUGACUUUCAGUCGCUAUUAAAAGACAAAAACAACAUCAAACAAAAAGCGUAAAAAUCAAUGAUUAUCGCUACGCUUAUUAUCUUGACACUUUAGGAAGUUGGAGAAUCUGGCGUUAUCGCUGGCCUGCAUAAAAUAUCAUGCAGUAUAUUUUCAUUAUUGGAAGAUUAAUGAUAUGUAGCCUUCUUCGAGGUGCGCGAAGUUUAGUUUAUCGUAUCGCCUUAAUCUGAGGCGCUAUAUGCUGCAUGAUUCUGUGAGUGAGUGACUGAACAUUUUUCUUUGUAGUUAACAAAAUGUUAUUCUUGUGGUUUUAAGUUAAUAGCUGUUUUAACCUUUUUUAAAAAUAAUUUUUCUUUCUCCAUCUUGUAUUUGUCGUCUCAUUUAUCCUAUCAGUUGUGAUCAAAUAUUAUCUUAAAAUGCAUGCCGUUUGAAGUCUUACUAUGUAUUGGAUGACCACAUUUCCAUUUGGAUGUUUAAUUAUUUUUUCAUUGGCUGGAGAUGAGGGAUUUCAGUGCUUUCAGGCACGAGACGGGCUGUUAUUUUAUUCGUGCGCAUUUUUUCCUUUCUUUUUUAAAAUCCUAUUUUACUUUUAAAAUAUCGUCUUCCGUUGUUCUAUACAGCAUAUACAUUGCUAUGUCGUGCCUUAAGGAUGGUCGCACACUCGGAGGAAGGUCGUGUGAUUGUGUUCUGUAUGCAACAUCCAAAGCUUAUUAUUAAACAAGCUUUUUUGUUUGCCUGUUCUACCACUGCGCAGUUGGUGUGAAAUAUAUGCACUGUGCAAAAUUCUCUUGUUUGUACCAUGGUGGUUUCAUUGAUAAUCCUAGUAAGAUGCACAACAAGUUCUGAAUUUAAGAGGUGCAUUUUUCAAGUAAUUUCAAUUUAGUUAACUUUUACACAUUUAGCGGAAGUGAGUGAUGACGUCUUUAUGAGCCCAUUAAGACUUCGCAUGUUCUCUAUAUUAUUAGUCCCUAUCUGUAUUAAAUACCUUCCGUUUCCAGUUGUAUUUCUAUGCCGGAGAAAGUUCCAUAUGCAUUUGUCCGUCGUCUUUUAUUUACGUAGUUAAAUUAAGAUAUAGGAAAUAUGAACCGGAUAGGAAGUAGCUUAUUGUUUUGUUACUCGGAAGGCAAUCAAGUCUAGGAUGAAAGCGGCCUGUAUGUUAAAGAUCUUUAUUAUUGUAUAAUUUUAAGACGAUCGAUAGUAUACCCUGACAACCCUUGAAAAGCAAUGGGUUUUAUAGCAAUUGUAUGUUUAUAAAUAAAUAUUUUAAAUGCA